GUUGGUAAGUGGAAUUUGUAUAUUUGUUUAGAUUUUGUAUCGAGCGUUUUAUAUAACUUACUAGUAUUUUUUUUAACUCCGUUAAAAAGUACUUUACAAAAUUUUAUUAAUCAUUUUUUUUAACUAAAUUUAUUAACAAAAUUCAUCAUGAAUACCAAUUCGAAUACUGAUCCAUUAUCGUUAGAUUUUAUUUGUAAGUUGAUUCCUUUCGGAUUUAGCGGUGAUAGAAACGAAUUAGGACAAUUUUUGGCAAAUUGUAAUAGUGCCAAUGAGUUAGCCAGUCAAAAUCAAAAAUUGCCUCUAUUAUAUUUUAUAUUAUCAAGAAUAUCAGGUACAGCAAAAGAGCAACUAACAACACAAAGCUUUGAAUCUUGGGAAAUUUUACGACAAAAGUUAAAAGAUUUAUAUAAAGAGCGAAAACAUUAUGUCCAAUUAAUAGAAGAACUAAAUAACUGUAGACAGAAUUCUAAUGAAUCCGUAGAUGAUUUCUUUCAACGUUUAGAAGUUUUAUACCAUCGUACGAUUUCUUCUGCUCAGCAGAGUUAUCGAAACGAUGCCGAAUUACCGGGUAAAACUCAAACAAUACGCGAAUUAACUUUAAACAGAUUCAUUUACCAUUCUAAACCAGAAAUUUCACAAAUGUUAAGAUAUAAAGGAUUUAAUUGCAUUAAGGAGGCUCAUAAUGCUGCCCUCUGUGAAGAAAGGAUAUUAAAUAUGUUAAAAACUAAUAAAAGCAACCAAUACUGUAAAAUAUGUCGUAACAAUUCGCAUUCUACAAAUAAUUGUUGUAAAAAUUAUCCGCAAUCUAAUGGAAAUUACCGAGUUCAUGUUAACAAUUCUAAUAAAUCUAAUAAUCAUAAUUUUAAUCAUACAUUUAAUCAACCUUCUUCAAAUAGUCAACAUAAUAAUAUUAAACAAUGCAAAUAUUGUAAAAAGUACGGACAUACAAUAGAUGAAUGUAGGAAAUUGCAAUAUAAAAAUUCUUACAAUGUAUUUAACAAAAACAAAAAUCCUAAUGAUAUACAAAAUAAAAAUUUUAACAGGGUAUCGAAUCAGAAUCAAAUACCUAAUGAAGUAUCGAAUAUUAGAUCCGUAACAAAUAAUCAACUAUCUUUAAACUCCCAUGCUCCUCUGGCGGAGAAGACCCCUCUGGAGGAAUCGAUCAAAAUGUUACAGGUCUUCGAAAACUAAAAAUUCUUAGUGACGAUAACAACUCUAUAUUUUUAGAAUUUAAGUCUGAUUUUUCUAAUAAUAAAGAUAAAAUAUUUCGAUUUUUAUUAGAUACAGGUGCUAGUGUAUCUUUAAUCAAAUUAGAUAAGUUAAAUCCUGAAAUUACUAAAUUUUUUCCUAGCGAGAAAUUAACCUUACACGGUUUAAGUACAGAUUCUCCUGUAUUAACGGCGGGUAGUACUAUAAUUCCAUUUAAUAUUAGGAAUCAUACAUUGAAAAUAAAGUUCCAUAUUCUUAAUCAGAAAACAAACGUCCCUUAUGACGGUCUGAUCGGAUACGACUUUAUUAAAUCACAAAACGCCCAAAUUGAUUUAAAAAAGCA